UCGUCGGUUGUUCGGUCGGUCAGAGACAGGACGGGGGUUACAGAUUUCGGUUUUGUCCGCUCCUUCUCCGGGCAUGCUUCCAUCGCCGCGUCAAAUGAAAAUUACGCGUUCGCAGGAGAAGACGUCGUGUCCGUUUCGUUAUCGCGCCCCAAGUGCAUAGUGUUCUAAUAAUCGGUCGGUCUUCGCGUUCGAUUGCUUCUUUCUUCGGAAGUGUUUGGUGUCAGGAUUCGAGCUGCUGAGUAGAUUGGAAGUUCGUUUCGCGUGAGGCGAUACCCAUUGCCAGGAGAGGUGUUCUGCUGCCUUCCGAUAAGGAAAGAAAAGCCACGGUGAAAAUCUCAAGGGCGUAAGUUGCUGAACAAGGCGCGCUCGCUAGCUAGUUUAGUUAGUUAGUUACUUGGUUGGUUGGUGACGAAAGCGAAAGUGCGUUUCUCCUUCGUCCAGUGGCCCUGCAGCAGGAGUACCUACCUACAGUGUGCGUGUGUUAUCGAAUGAAGGCAGGAAGUGCUUGGUGAAAAUGAAUUAAUUGCAUAUAAAAUACACACGGAGGGAAUUUGCAUACCGCGCGCCGCAUACUAAUUAAAGUGAAGAGAAAAAGUUCAGGUCCAGCGAGGGUAACGUUUGUGUAGUUAACUGGUGAUGAUAAGAGUGAUAACCUAGCGACGACGACGACGUGGCGCGCAUUUAACGUGGAUGCUUCUCGCUUCAGCGUGAAACGAGAAUACACAUCUGUGGUGUGUUUCUGUUAUAUUUUCGAGCAUUGCCGCCGUCAUUAUUGCGAACCGGAGCUGCGAAGGAUUUUCAGUAUGUGGUGGUGGCUGAGAUAGACAGACAGCCGCGAAACAUAAACAAACUGUCGACAUUUGCGCAGAUACAGGCAAGUGAGCGUUCUGAACGCACCAAAACGAUCAAUUCCGCCUGCAAACCUUUCUGUAUUCCCGGCAGCCAAGGCAAACUACAAUGGAAACCUUUGAGCAGAAAAAUAAGAUGAACCAUCUGCCGACAAAAUUUUCAGGUGCCCCAUCGCUGAUGGACCAUGGAGAGGAUCCACAUCCCAGCCUGUCCGAUUGGCACGACUACGAGCCAAACUUGGAGUUCGACGAUACGGAACUGUCACAAACGGCUCCGGAGCCCGGGGGCACGGUUGUGUUCGAUGAGGACAAUUUUUCCGGUGAGUUUGAGGAGGUCUCCGAGGACGAAAUCAUCAAAACUAAUCUCGAUCAGGACAAUUACGAGGAACAGCUAACGAUGAUGGAGCCCGACGAGAAUGCCAUCCGAAAGGAAUUCAAGCGACGGAAGUUCAUCGAAUUUAUCGGAACCGACAAGCACGGUCAGCCAAUUAUUGCCAUCUAUGCGUGCAGCCUGCCGGAAAGGAAAGACCUCAACACAAAUAUCUUUAUUGAUUUUAUCAUCAAAUCAAUGGAAGAGUUCGUCCAGAACGACUACAUCAUCGCUUACUUCCAUCAGGGUAUGAAGGAUAACAGCAAACCGUCCUUGCAGUUUUUGUGGAACUCGUACAAAGAACUGGAUCGUAGUUUUAAGAAGAAUCUGAAAAAGUUAUACGUGGUGCAUCCAACGACCUUCAUCAAAAUGGUGUGGUUUUUCUUCAAGCCAGUCAUCAGCGAAAAGUUCAAGAGCAAACUCAUCUACACGUCGAGCUUGGACGAGCUGAAGCAGUCGUUAGGAUUGAAUACGCUUAAAGUGCCGGACACUGUUCGAGAGUUCGAUGAAAAGAUCAACAACAGCUCACGCUAUCUGCGGGGCAGUAAAUCUAGUCUCAAGAGCAGCCGCUCGAUGGAACACAUUCCCCGGACGACGCAGUUCGGUGUAUCGCUCAAGUUCAUCAUCGAGAACAGUGCCUGUCUCAAUUGCAUUCCACCGAUCGUGCGCAAAUGCGUCGAUCACCUUUCGCUGUCCGACGUCAUCGAUACCGAGGGCAUCUUCCGGCGGUCCGGCAACUAUACUCGGAUAAAGGAACUAAGAGAAAAGCUGAACCAGGGUGAUGAGGUGAACCUAUCGAACGAGGAUACUCACGUGGUCGCAGCCCUGCUGAAGACCUUCCUCCGAGAACUGGAAGAGCCGCUGCUAACCUACGAACUGUACGACGACAUUGUGCAGUUCGCCGAGUGGACCACCGAGGAGCAACGGUCGCGGAACGUCAAGCAAAUUCUCCGCGAAAAGCUCCCCGAGGAGAACUACGAGCUGUUCAAGUAUAUCGUCGAGUUUCUCGGUAAGAUUAUGGAACGAAAAGAUUUCAACAAAAUGACUUCGUCCAACCUGGCGAUCGUGUUCGGACCGAACCUGAUCUGGCCAAAGCAAGCCCAGAUGUCGCUGGACGAGAUCGGGCCCAUCAACGCCUUUAUCGAUUACGUGCUGCAAAACCAGGACGAUAUCUACUUUGUAGACAUUAACAAAAAGGAUGGCGCCUACGAUUAACAGCGGUUGAUCUAAAAACACAAGUUUAGAGUUAGGAUCUUUCUAGUUGGGUUGAUGUGCAUUUUCUGUUGAGUAUGAUGGUUGCAUGAAUGAAUCUCUGGGAGUGUGAAUGUUGUUUUCGAAUUUCUGUCUGUCUAGGAAAUAAGUUCAAUUGAUCAUCGUACCUCCUGAGUUGUAUAUGUGUAACUAAAUAUCAGAACAUUCUUUACCAAUAGUGUGAUACGAGAAUAUUGCGAUGAGUUUUAACCGAGAUGAGUUUGUAGAUACUUGAGGGAGAGCGAACGGAUUUUAACAGAGAUAGCGAAUGUUGCAAUUGCUGUGGCGCAAAGAGCACACAAUUAUAGUCAUUAUUAUUACAGUAAGUUGUUGGUUAUCGUUUUUUGAAUAAUUUAUAACGAAAUAGCGACUGUUUACGUUGUUUUAGAAAAGGAUAAUACAAGCACACAAAUUACGGAUCGAAACCAAAGACAAAUGGAUGUAAAUAUUCAAAAAAAAUCAAGUUUUAAACCACAUUCAUGGAAUAGAAAGUCACACAGUUACGUAGUAACAGAUCGUUAGAGCGCGCAUCUCAGACAUCGCGAGAACAAUUUCCAGUGUGCCAACGCAUUGUCUCACGAUCCAAUCUAUAGACCCCCAUCCCAAUUUUCCACGUAAAACGGAACAGUCUGACUCAAAAAUAUCAAUACCUACAAUACAAUUCUCAAUCAUACAACCAAGCUCUAUUCUCCAACUACUUUUAGCGGUUAGGUCUUUUAGAAUGGAACAGCUACAAUAGAACCAGUAAGGAUAAUCGAUCCACUUAAGCUCACGUUAGCUCCCGAGCAAAAUCAUUUUAACCAAUAGAUAUUGUGAAAGCACUCCAUUGUAAGGCUGAAGCUGAUUAUGAUUGCCAUGAGGUCGAACAGAGAAACGGUGUUUUAGGCCAUUAGGACUAAGAGGAGGCAGCCAACGGUCUGUGAACCUAACAUUCAAUUGAUGUAGAAACGUCACAAGGGGGUGUUGUGGUGAGAUCCGCGUUGUAUAGACGAACCGAGUCGUUAAAGUCUACUAGUUCCAAGCAAAUAUAUGUACGUUUAAGAAGAAUGACUUAAAAUUUAACAUUUAAAACACUGUAGAAAUAGGAAACCAAGUGUACAUAAUUCAUAUCGCUGAGUGGACCAAACUCAAGCGCAUCCACAUAGAGGCGGGAUGGUGUAAAAUAUACAAUCAUCUGACUCACAUGAAAAGUA